AUGUCUUCAAUUCCAACUGAACAAUCAUCCAAUUAUCAAUCACAAUUUCAAUCAAGUGCUAUUCCAACCGGAUCUCAAGCGCAAGGUCAACAUUCAACGACCACCAGUUCCACUCCUCAUUCAUCAUCAACUACCAAUAAUGGUAUUUCAACUUCAACUUCAACCGCUACUGGUGAAACUCCUUUAACUAAUCAAAUAAAACAAAACACUGAUACUAAUUCAUUAUGUAAAUUAUUAUCUUGGAAAGAUCCAAUUGCAACUGGUAAAGUAUUUGGUUCAAUUGUUUUUAGUUUAAUCAUUUUUAAAACUGUUAAUUUAUUUAAUAUUUUUUUCCAUUUAGCUUAUAUUGGUUUAUUAAUUUCUGCAGCUGCUGAAUAUUCAGGUAAAUUAAUUAUUGGUAAAGGAUUUCUUGAAAAUUAUAAACCAACCACAAAAUCGUAUGCUGAAUGUUUCAACAAGAAUGUUUUACCAAAUUUAGCUCAAUUUAAUUUAGAAGCUGAAUCAAUUGGUAAAAAAAUUAUAUAUUCUCAUGAUAUUGAAACUACUUUAAAAGCAGCUGGUAUUUCAUAUAUUUUAUAUAAAUUAACUUCAUGGGUUUCAAUUUUUACAUUAAUUUCAAUUUCAGUUAUUUUAAUUUUUACAAUUCCGUUUAUUUAUACUACUUAUAAAAAAGAAAUUGAUGCAAGUUUAGCUCAAUUUUCAAAAUGUGUUAAAUCAAAAACUUCAGAAUUAACUGAAAAAGCUCAUAAAGCUGCUGGUCCACAUUUGGAUAAUUUUAUUAAAAAAACUGGUCCUGUUGGUCAAUUUAUUCAAUCAAAAUUCCCAACUAGAACUGCUAGUUCAACUGUAGGUGAUUCAAAAGCUACUACUUAUGGAAAUGCAGCUGAUAGAUCAACAACUGCUAAUCCUUCAACUUCAUCAGCUCGUUCAACUGGUGCUCAACAAUUUCCAAAUGCUCCAACUUCGGGUUUCCAUCCAACUACAGUUGAAGAUGCUGUUCACAAUGCAAAUGAUACUGAUGAUUUUGCUGAUACUACUCAAGGUAUUUAA